UCAUAAUGUGUCAUCGGGUAUCUGGCAGAUGAAAAUUUUGGAAAUAAUUUUCACGUAAACAACUGAUGAAAACGGAAUUCCAGAGAUAGUGCGAAAAUUUGCCAACAUUUUGAAUGUUCAGCUAAAUUCUUUUUGGCAUAGUGAAAGAAAAGAAAAUAGUGUCGUGCGAAACACCGAUAAAAAUGCAUCUCUCCCAAGAUGUGUCGAGUGCGCUGCAGCAAAUCGAAAUCAUAAAACAGACGGUGGAGGAAAUGGAACCAAACAAGCUGCAGCUUAAUGUGAUGGAUGACCUCAAAAUGAUUAUCGAUUUGCUGCAGGAUCCGGUGUUCCGGAACAUCGUUCAAAUCCAGGACUCAUUGGCGGAGCUGAACCACCAGAUAACACAACAUCCAUCGAUACUGCCGGGGGAUUUCGAUAUCGCCAACAGUGGUGAGCUAAUCCUGAACGUUCCACCUGCGUCCGAUUUGUUCGACGCGGACUAUCCCGACGAGCAACGAGUUCCUUCGGCGCAGAUUUCGCCAGGCAGUCCUGCACCGCUCCAGAGUCAACAAGUUCAGCAGCAGAAGUUGAAUUUGAUUGAACUUCCCCAGGUGCAGGUGAGCCUGCAGCAGCAGCAACUUCAGCCAGUUUUGCCAAACCAGCAGGGAUUGCUGCAACAUGUUCCCUUGAAACUGAAUAAUGAAAUGAUGGACAGCGGUGUCGGAGAGGAUCUUCACAAGAAUGACUCUCAGGAUGAAACGGGUAUUCAUGACAUGUCAAAAUCGACCGUGGAUUCGGCGGAAGCGGCUAACGAGUGGUCACGCAUUUUGGAUAUCGAGUUGGUGAACGAUGGUACCGGAUUGGGGUUCGGUAUUAUCGGAGCUCGUGCUACCGGUGUAACGGUCAAGACGAUUCUCGCCGGUGGCGUGGCGGAUCGCGAUGGUAGACUGCAGUCUGGCGAUCAAAUUUUGCAAAUAGGCGAUGUUAAUUUGCACGAAAUGGUUUCCGAACAGGUAGCGUCGGUUCUCCGUCAGUCCGGGACUCAUGUCCAGCUGGUUGUGGCCCGUCCGGUUGAUACGAGUAAUGGUGUGAUUGAUGAUUAUGAAAACUCUGCUAUUGUGCCAACGGUUCUGCUGACGAAUCCGAUGAAACUGAAACAAUACUUGACUGAUUCCGGUUAUCCGGAAAUAUACAACGUAUAUUCGACAGCUAAUCUUGAGAAGGAUAGCUUCGACAAUGAUAGUCCAAUAGAGUUUCCAGAAACCAAAGUGUUCACAGUUGAACUGAAAAAAGACCAAAAUGGUCUCGGGAUAACAAUUGCCGGGUAUGUUUGCGAGAAGGAAGAACUUUCUGGGAUAUUCGUGAAAAGCGUUUCUCCCGGUAGUGCCGCUGAUCUGAGUGGUAAGAUACAGGUGAAUGAUCGUAUCAUCGAAGUCGAUGGACAGUCAUUGCACGGUUUCUCCAAUCAUCAAGCGGUAGAUGUUCUCAAGCAGAGUGGUCACGUUGUCAAGCUUUGCCUGGAACGUUAUUUGCGUGGGCCAAAAUAUGAUCAACUGCAACUAGCCAUUGCGGCAAAUGAAAUGAAACCACCGACUCCAGCCACUCCACCGCCAGUUCUAUCGACCAGUGACCUUUCCAAGUACGGAAAUAACAUUUUGGAUAUUCUACCACGAAAUAUCGAUAAACGAUCUAACGAAUCAAAACUUUUGUACAAUCACAAUGACGAGGAGAAUAAUUUGUUGAUGUUGAACGAAUCCGAUCAGCAGUUGGAGACGAUGUUGGCUCACAAAAAACUCGCCCGUGCCAAGGAUUCGAUAGAGAACCAACAAAUGAAGGAAAGUUCCGUGCUGCUAUCGCCACCGGGUGUCGAUGUCGAUUUGGACCUACUGCUAGCGGAAACGGCCAACCAUCCGGCAAUCGUGAAGCACGGCAAACAGCGCAGCUCGUUGAAAGUAACCGAGGACACGGAAGCGUUUAUCGUCAAGAAAUGGAGCACCAUUCUGGGUCCGAAUGUGAAAAUCAUCGUUGCUAACAUUAGGAAGUUCGCGGCUUCCAGUGGACUUGGUAUAUCACUCGAAGGAACGGUGGAUGUCGAGGGUGGAAAGGAGGUUCGACCGCAUCACUACAUUCGGUCGAUUCUGCCGGAAGGUCCGGUCGGGCAGAAUGGUUUGCUACGAUCUGGGGAUGAGUUAUUAGAGGUCAACGGCCAAAGGCUGCUCGGAAUGAACCACUUGGAGGUUGUGUCCAUUCUAAAGGAGUUGCCGCAAGACGUGUGCAUGGUUUGCGGUCGUGGAGAUCCGGAGAUGUUACAGUUCACCGAGGAAGCCCUGAUCAACACCCUGGAGGCUGAGGUUGCCAAGAAUAAAUCUUCCAUCGGUGGUGGUGGAUUGACAUCUUCGGAGCGCUUGGUGAAGGCUAAAAGCGACGGUAGCCUUGCGACUUCAGGCGGCUCGAACGAUGGGUUUUCGAAAAUCAAAUCCAGAAGUUUGGAGCCCCUGACUGGACUGGCAAUGUGGAGCUCAGAGCCCCAAAUCAUUGAACUGGUGAAAGGGGAACGUGGUUUGGGAUUCUCAAUUCUAGACUAUCAAGAUCCGUUGGAUCCGAAUGAUACGCUGAUUGUGAUUCGCUCGUUGGUCCCGGGUGGAGUGGCACAACUGGACGGGCGUUUGAUUCCUGGCGAUAGAUUACUGUUCGUUAAUGAUACCGUUUUGGAGAACGCUUCGCUUGACCAAGCCGUGCAGGCGUUGAAGGGUGCCCCUAAAGGAGUGGUUAGGAUCGGAGUAGCCAAACCGUUACCGAUGCAGGAUUCAUCGAUUACACCGUUCGAUGACAAAAGCGGGGAGAGUGGCGCUGAAGCUGGCUUCCCAUCAGGUAACACUGCCGGUAAGAUGUUAUCCAUGAGCAAACCGGAUAUUAUUAUGGAAUGAGAAUAUUUAGUCAUAAGCAGAGAUGGAUAUCAGCGCAUUUUAUGUUUAUAUAAGCAGUUAUCAGAACUUUCGCAAUUUAUUGAUUUUGUAAGCUCAAUCAGCGAUCACAAGUAUACGGUUUAAAGUUUCCCCAACUUGAGCCAUUGUUAAAGCUGCUUCAUCCGAGCAGACCAUUUUCCAAAAUGUAUGGUGAGGAUGUAGCGAAAGUGGGUCCACAAAACUAUCGAUCAACGGUAGACUUUAGGUUUGGUCGAGAGUUGUGUGGAGACCACUUUCCCCGCAUCUGCAUUGCUUGUACUUAUUGAUUAUUGACAACCCAAGAAUGGGAUUGUUUCGUCCUGCGUUAUCUUACUCCUCAUCCAACAUUCCAUCUUGUUCCUAGAUUUUAUAGCACUAUUUUGGUAUUUCAAAAU